AGAGCGUACAUGAAGGAGAAGAAUCCGCUGUGGAUGGAGACAAGUUACAUUUAUCUUGAUGUCGAGCGGCAGCGUGAGUGGGUUUGUGUUUGGAUGUCUGUGUGUGUGUGCGUGCGUUAGUCCCCUUUGGAUGAGCAGACGAGUCUGAGGAUGCAGCUGGGAGCAUGAGUCCUGACCAGGAGGAGUAUGACAUGGUCUGUCAGAAAGCUGUGACCAUAAUUGUUGACCUCUGCCUGCACAACAGCACCCUAUUGGAUCAGGAGACCUGUCAGGAUUUCCUCUUCAUAUUGACCAGUCAGGGCUUUGAUCACAAAGACGCAGACGCUACUUUUGGCCUCGCGCUCGCCGUCUUUCUUGUUUGUGGCCUCGCUCUGCUGGGUCUUCUCACAUUAGUCUCCUGGAAGCUCUGCUGGGUGCCUUGGAGGAGCAAGGCUCAGUUCCCAAGCCCAUCUCUCAGCCCGUCCGGUGACCUGGAGCACUGUCCGCACCAGCAAUCCCUUCCUCCGCCCAGUCCCCAGCAUCCGGUGGUCACCAUGGCGACAGAGAAGGUGAAGGACCCCGUGGGUUCGAUGGGCUUCCUUGAGGCUGCGGUGAAGAUAAGCCGUACCUCCCCUGACAUCCCUGCUGACGUGCAGCUCUCUAUGAGGGAGCACUUCCUACGUCGCACGCAACGCAUGCAGAGACAAACCACUGAGCCGGCGUCCUCCACACGGCACAACUCUUUCAAAAGACACCUCCCCAGGCAGAUGCAGGUGGGCAGUUUAGAUUUGGGCAAUGACUACAUGGUGGACAGAGACGAAAAGCCAACCAGCCUGGGUCGCAUCCAACCAGAGCUCUACCAACAGAAGGCCUCAGACUCAGAGGAGUCGUCCAAGAAUGGCAAAGAGAAAAACUGUGGCAGGAUUAACAUCUCACUCAAGUACGACUAUGAAAACGAGGCAUUAAUCGUCAAUAUUCUCAGGGCAGUAGACCUACCAGCCAAGGACCUGUGCGGUACCUCUGACCCUUACGUCAAGGUCUACCUCCUACCUGAUCGCAAGAAGUUCCAGACCCGUGUCCACCGGAAGACGCUCAACCCCACGUUUAACGAAAGCUUCCAGUUUCCCGUGCCUUACGACGAGCUGCCUGUGAGGAAGCUCCACAUGAGCGUCUUUGACUUUGACAGAUUUUCUCGGCAUGAUAUGAUUGGGGAAGUCGUGCUGGAGAACUUGUUCGAGACAUCUGAUCUUUCGAGGGAGACAAACAUAUGGAGGGACAUCGAGUACGCAACAAGUGAAAGCGUUGACCUUGGGGAGAUCAUGUUCUCAUUGUGCUACCUGCCCACUGCAGGCAGACUCACACUUACUGUUAUCAAGUGCAGGAACCUCAAGGCUAUGGACAUCACCGGGUACUCGGAUCCCUAUGUUAAAGUAUCGCUCAUUUGUGACGGCAGGCGUUUAAAAAAGAAGAAAACGAGCAUUAAAAAGAACACCCUGAAUCCCACCUAUAAUGAAGCCAUCAUCUUCGACAUCCCUCCAGACAGUAUGGACCAUGUCAGCCUGCACAUCUCUGUGAUGGACUACGAUUUGGUGGGUCAUAAUGAGAUCAUUGGUGUGAUGAGAGUUGGAAGCCAUGCUGAGGGACUUGGCAGGGACCACUGGAAUGAAAUGCUGGCUUAUCCACGGAAGCCUAUUGCACACUGGCAUUCCCUCCUGGAGUCCAAGAAAUCUGAGAAGGAGUGGAAGGCGAGAACUGCCAGCUUUGACAGCCAGGGCUCCUGCCCCUCACCGAGACCCCCUGCUAGUCCCUGAGAUGAGCUACCUGUGACCCAGCAGCCCAGAAGGGGUUUCCUCCCUCCUCCUGAUUCACUUCCUGUCUGUGUGCUUGAGGAGAAACACAAUCCCACUGUCUCUCCCUUCUCACUCGCUCUCAUCCCCACACCCCUCACUUCCUCCAGUCUAGUCCCAGAGCACUCCCAAGUACUGAAAUAGGACUUUCUGUAUGUCAGCUGUGUGAAGCUCAGGCUUUUCUCGAUGUGGCUGGUGCGAUGGCCUGAAGCUAGGGUUGUUUUCUAGGAGAUUGGCUAGAGAUCAUGUCUGCAGACAUUGAUUGCUGAUUUGUCCACGCUGAGGUAAAUCUAGCUAGAUGUCCUUACAAAGUACUUGCAACUUUGAUUCAUGGAGUCUCUUUGAUGGAGAAAAAGCCCUGUCGAAUAUCACUCCAUGAAAGCAGUGGAUAUUUCUCAACGGGAAGCCGAGUUCAUAUAUUGCCAAGGAAGAAAAAAAAGGAGAUGAUCUAAAAGAAAGCUAUUUUAGAAGUUUAUGCUUCACUCACAUUUAUUUUUGCAUUCUUGAAUUAACAUUAGAUCUAUAUUUUUUUGUUAGAUGUUUUUGUUAGAUAGUUCAUAUAUGAUUAUCUUUAUGGGUUAGGCUAUAAACUCGAGUAGUUAAAAGUUUUGUAUAGGUUUAAAAAACAAAAAAAUAAAAACAAAAGAUCACCAUUGAGAGGACCAGAAUGGAAUAAACUGGUUCCUCUUAAGUUUUACAACUUGUAAAACUUCACAACAUCAUGAAGACCCAUCAGUUUUACUUUUUUUUUUA